AAAACUAAAUUAAAAUUUUAUACCUCUUUCUUUUUCAUCACACCAUUCUAAUGGAACCGGAUGACCUUGGUCUAGGCUCUUACUAUCACCACCACCACCCACAACCACAACCACAACCGCCACCGCAACGCCACCCACACCAGCAACCACCACCACCUCCCACCAAUGGAAUGUUACCAAACACCAACAACGAUCCUAGACCCUCUCAGAUCCUCUAUCCUCACAAUUCUGCCCCCUCCGCCGUCUCGUCACCCUUAGAGACCGGCGUCCGGAGGAAGAGAGGAAGACCCAGAAAGUACGGAACGCCGGAGCAAGCUGCCGCUGCAAAAAGACUCUCCUCCUCGUCUUCUCCGUCCACCUCUGUUCCUCCUUUGUCGCCGCCGAGGAAAAAGGACUUGUCUUUGGGCGUCGGUGGCUCCUCUGCUUCUACUUCUUUCAAGAAACCUUCUCUUGGGAAUACGGGGCAAGGUUUUACACCUCAUGUUAUUUCUGUGACUGCCGGAGAGGAUAUUGGCCAGAAAAUCAUGUCAUUUAUGCAACAAAGCAAGCAAGAGAUGUGCGUCCUCUCAGCAUCUGGUUCGAUCUCUAAUGCAUCUCUACGCCAGCCAGCCACAUCCGGGGGCAACAUUUCUUAUGAGGGCCGUUUCGACAUUCUUUCACUCUGUGGCUCUUAUGUUCGUACUGAUUUUGGUGGCAGCACGGGUGGAUUAAGUGUGUGUUUGUCUAGUAACGAUGGUCAAAUCAUAGGAGGCAGCAUCGAUGGGCCGCUGAUAGCUGCGGGCCCAGUGCAGGUAAUAGUUGGCACAUUCGCUACCGAAGGCAAGAAAGAAACCACCACUAUCAUAAAAGGCGAUGCUUCUACCAGUAAGUUGGCGUCACCGAAUGUCGGAGCACCUGUUCCGAACUUGGGGUUCCUAUCGGCACCAGAUUCUUCCGGAAGAAAUGUAGUCGGUGGCAGGGAUGAGCAACAAAACAUCGAUGGGUAUCAAUUCAUGAUUCCGAAUCGGAGUGUGGCGGUAAGCGACUGGAGGAAUAACAACGAUUCUAGGGGCGGUGGUGGUUAUGAAUUCUCAGGAAGAGUGAACCAUGGGGUGCACCAGUCUCCGAAGAAUGGGGACUACGAUCGUUUCCAAGACUGAAGCGUUUUGGGGUGUGGUUAGAGAAGUAUGGUUGGGGUUUAACCAAUAGGUUGUAACACAAUGCAUUAUAUGAUUGUACAGUUGACCCAAAAAAACGUACUUCUCCUUGAAGCAGCCAAAUGUUUUGAUGUGUACUUUAGCAAUUAGUUUUUGAACUUACUUAAAUGCAUCUAAACCACCUUUCAACUA